UGGUUGCUUGGCGAUGCCCGUGGUUCCCGGCCCGUCCGUUAAAUGAGUCGCUCAUUAGAGAGCAAUUUCCAUUGACAAAAGCGUCGAGGGGGAAGUGCUGAGUGGAAAGAGAAAAAGAGAAGGCGAGCUCGAGGGGCGCAUGGGCGAACGCUGGCUGACUGAGGCUCCCUUACUGCACGUUGGCUUUCGAGGGGGGAGGUGGCAGCAGUGGGGGCAGCAGCAGCAGCAGCAGGAACGAGAAGCGCACUCUUUUGGUUGAGGUGGAUUAUUUUUCCCCGCAGAGCCUCGCCAGUAGCUUCCUGCCGUUCCCUAAAGAACGUGAAGACUCCGAACGUCGCUUGGUGCUGCUGAAGGAAGACGAUCCCCCGAGGGGCUGUGAAAGGACGAGGCUGCUAGACGCAGAGGCUGUGGAGGAGGAGGCUGCUGCAGAGCCCGGCCUGCGAGGGCGGCGACGGCGGCGGGGCUACAUGACUGGGAAAGGAAGAGUUGACCCGCUGCUCUGCCACCCUCCCGCCCCCAACCUGCUCCGGUGCCUGUAAAGAUGGGUGGCUCCUGUCUUCCGCGUGGCUCGGCUGAGUUUCCCCAUAAGGAUGCACCGUGAUGACACCCACAAAGCGAGGACAGUAUCUCCGGCGGCACCACUUCCCCCAGCGACAGCAGCUGAAAGCUCAGCUGUAAUGGAAACUGGGGGCGAUGCCAGGACAACACCUCCGCGGGGAGGAGGCAGAGGACUAGGUGACAGCAGGGGUGAGUUUCUAGCGGCUGGUGCUGCAGAACACGCCGGUUUCCAAGCGGCUGCUGCUUUUGCUCCUGCGGGUGGAAAGGGCAUGAAUAUUGAUGGAUCAGGCGGUGGCGGCGGCGGCAGCAGCAGCGCGGCCGGCAUGGACCCUGCUGCAGUGCCGAAAGCAGGCAGACCCGCGGCCCCCGCCCCUUUCCCUCGUGUGCCUUAUGCCAAGGAUCCCAAAACAGUCCACCAGCGGUUCCUGCGGAGGAGUGUGGUGGAUUCCGACCAGGAGGAGCCCGCCUUCGAGCCCCCGGAGCAGCAGCGGCAGCAACAGAAGAUCAUCCUUUUCUCCAAAACCAGGAGGAUAAUUGCAGAGAGAGUGAAAGCGGGACAGAGGCCGGUAGUGGAAGAGACGCAACUCGGGGAAGAGCCUCUUGGGCAGGCGAAAGUGGUGGCCCCUGAAAGCCUUUUGGCUGGCCAGGAAGCCAAGGAGAGAAGCAGCAAGGAGGACAAUGCUGAGAAAAAAGAGGUGCCAGAAUCUAACAAGGAUAAGAGCAAAUCUAAGAAAGAGGAUGCUGAGGAAGAGGAGGAGGAGGCAGACAUGAAAGCUGUGGCCACUUCCCCCGAUGGCAGGUUUCUCAAGUUUGAUAUUGAGCUUGGAAGAGGGUCUUUCAAAACCGUUUACAAGGGGCUAGACACAGAGACCUGGGUUGAAGUGGCUUGGUGUGAACUCCAGGACCGAAAGCUGACAAAAGUGGAACGGCAAAGAUUUAAAGAGGAAGCAGAGAUGCUGAAAGGUCUUCAGCAUCCGAACAUUGUUAGGUUUUAUGACUUUUGGGAAUCCUGUUUAAAAGGAAAGAAGUGUAUUGUGCUGGUCACAGAACUGAUGACUUCUGGAACCCUGAAAACUUAUUUGAAGAGAUUUAAAGUGAUGAAACCAAAAGUCCUUCGAAGCUGGUGCCGGCAAAUCCUGAAAGGUCUCCUUUUUCUGCACACUAGAACUCCACCAAUCAUUCACAGAGACUUAAAAUGUGACAAUAUUUUUAUAACUGGACCAACUGGAUCUGUGAAGAUAGGAGACUUAGGUCUGGCAACUCUCAAAAGAGCUUCAUUUGCUAAAAGUGUAAUAGGUACUCCAGAAUUUAUGGCUCCAGAAAUGUAUGAAGAGCACUAUGAUGAAUCAGUGGAUGUAUAUGCUUUUGGAAUGUGUAUGUUGGAAAUGGCUACCUCAGAAUAUCCGUAUUCAGAAUGCCAGAAUGCUGCUCAAAUUUACAGGAAAGUAACCUGUGGUGUCAAACCAGCAAGUUAUGAUAAAGUUAUUGACCCUGAAAUUAAGGAGAUAAUUGGAGAAUGCAUUUGCAAAAAUAAAGAAGAGAGAUAUGAAAUUAAAGAUUUGCUAAGCCAUGCCUUUUUUGCUGAAGAUACUGGGGUAAGAGUGGAACUUGCAGAAGAAGAUGAUGGUAGGAAAUUCUCUAUUGCCUUAAGACUCUGGGUAGAAGAUCCUAAGAAACUGAAAGGAAAACCCAAAGAUAAUGGAGCCAUUGAGUUUACUUUUGAUCUCGAGAAGGAAACUCCCGAUGAUGUUGCACAAGAAAUGGUUGAUGCUGGAUUUUUUCAUGAGAGCGAUGUCAAAAUAGUUGCAAAAUCAAUACGUGACAGAGUAGCAUUAAUACAGUGGAGAAGAGAGAGAAUUUGGCCCAUGCUGCAAUCAGAAGAUCAUCAGGAUCCUGAGAGUUUAGAAAAAAUGAAGGUCCCACAAGCACAACCAGUUCAGGUUACGUACCUUUCUCACACUGGUCAUCACAUCCUGACCGAACCAGAAGAGCCUGAAGCUGAACAGCGUAUUUCCCAGCAGAAUCUACCCACAAGCGUUACUUCACUUGCAUCUGAUAGCACAUUUGACAGUGGUCAAGGAUCAACCGUGUAUUCAGACUCCCAGAGCAGCCAGCAAAGUGUCAUCUACUCAUCUGUGCCUGAUGCAAUACCUCCUACUAUUCAGCGGGUUUAUAGCCCACCUCUCAGUGAAAGCCAGACUUUGCCCCAUGGUCUUCAGCAGCUGGGACCCUACCAGCAGCCUCCAUUACCUGGACUUCCAGUGGUUCAGGCUCCACCUGCUGUUGUCCCUCAGAGACCACAACAUUAUCAAGAACCAGCAAUCCCAUUCCCUCUUGUCCAUCCCACCUCAGUUGCCCCUGUGCAGAUGAGACCAUCUCAGCCUGUGUUAGCCAGCCAGCAGUCCAUCCCACCUCCAGCUCCUCUACAGCAUGUUCUAGCCAACCAGCCCAUUUGCUCAGUGCAGCAACCUACACCUCAUCUAUUGUCCCAGUAUCAAACUCCCAGUUCUCAGGUGGCAGCUCCCAAUACAUCACUUGUACCUCUACAGAUUCCACCUGCACAGCCACUUCCAACAGUCCCAUCUGGUCAGAUUCCUCAGUUUCCCAUCAUUCAUGCAGUUACUCCUCUGGCAGGACUUGAUAGCCAUCCUCAAAACCUGUCUGAUACACCUGCUGCAAAUGUGCCCCCUAUACCUGCUCCUUCUCAGUAUUUCCCUCCAGCUGUGAUUUUACCAAGCCUCUCUGGGAACCCUGCUCUACCACUGACAUCAAAUUCCCCUGCCCUACCCAUGCAAGCGGUCAACCUUCCUCAUACUACUGUGGCUUCUUUGGUCUUGCCCUGCCAAACAAUUGUGCCAAAUAUGUCGGCUGCUCCAAUACCAUUACUAGCUGUAGCUCCACCAGCAGUGUCAGCUUUGCCAACACAUCAUGUGGUAGCCCAGCUCUCCCAACAGCAAAUGUACCGAGCUACACUUCAGCAGAUAAUUCAGAAUGAAGUUCUUCCCUCUCCCCAUCAUACCCAGAACAUGCAAGCAGUCUCACAACAGCAGCAGCAGCAGCUGCCUCCACUUCCUCAGUCACUUCAGCCAAGCCUAAUUCAUCCUUCAGAACAGACUAUGUCUGCAUCUGGGGCUGGUAAUCAGAUUAUUGGACACCCUCAGUACACUGUGGAUAUUGGAACCCAGAUUCUUGCAUUGUCAGUGCAGCCUUCUGCGGUUAUGUCACCACCAUUGCAAUUACAGCCUGACGCAUUAUAUCCCUGCACUGGUCCAGAAGGUCUUCCACAGAGCAUAAUGGAUACAGUUAAUGCAGCAGUGCCUGUAGAUCAUGGUCUGCCUCUCCAGUCUACUGGUUAUCUGCAGCCUCAGCCAGAUAAUCACCAGCCUCUGGGCCAGCAGGUUCCAACUCCGUGCCCAGUUAUCCCACUGGCUACAGAAUCUUCUCAAGAGAUAGAGCAUGUGGUACUGGAAAAGCAGCAGUCACUAUCACAGAGCUGCGAAAGUUAUAUGAAUCCUGAUGUCGCUUCUGGUAAAGAGAUGAGUGACAGCUUUGAAGGAACGAGUGGAAGCGGAAAACAAGAAGGAAAACCUUCAAAAAAGCAUAAGAAAUCAACACGUACUCGUUCACGUCAGGAAAAAUCCAACAGGCCCAAACUGACAAUUUUAAAUGUAUGCAACACAGGAGAUAAGAUGGUGGAAUGUCAGCUAGAAACACACAAUCACAAAAUGGUUACAUUUAAGUUUGAUUUAGAUGGUGAUGCCCCAGAAGAAAUUGCUACUUACAUGGUAGAAAAUGAAUUCAUAUUGCCAACUGAGAAAGAGAUAUUUAUUGAGCAACUGAAAGAAAUUAUUGACAAGGCAGAAGAUAUGCUUAGUGAAGAUACAGAAGGGGAACGAAGUUCUGAUCAGGGUGCAAGCCCACAGCAAGAUACUUGCCAGCUGGAAAUUAAUCAGGAGAAUCGGCAAUCCCAGGCAAGAAUGCCAGUGUACCAACAGAAUGUUCUACAUACAGGAAAACGUUGGUUUAUCAUUUGUCCUGUUGUGGAAAACCCAGCUGCUGAAGUACCAGAAUUCUCUUCACCAGUUCCUCAAAGUGCAAAACAGGCUGAAGUCCCAGAUCUAGAGCAGUCGGAUGAUAAACAGCAGACCUCUACAGUCAUAGACAAACGCACAAACACAGCGUAUCAGCAGCUUUCUAGUCAAAGGAGCACCACUGAGAGCCCGAGAGGAACUCCUCCUCCUUUGACACAAGUCUCUGCAGCAGCAUCGACCUCCCUUUCACAGGUCCAGCCAGAAACAUCCACUGCAACACCCCCAGCAACAGUUUCAUAUGCUUUAGACCAGGUUGCUGAAAACACAAGACAACCAGAAUGCCCUCCACAACAGCCUGUUGCGCCUAGCCAGCCUGACACUCCUGCCCCCAGUGCAACUUCAUUUGAAGACUGUGUUGAGGCUAGACUUCCUCUAAACCUCCCAUUGCAGGCACACCAACUGAUAGAUGAAAAUACUCGUAUCCCUCAAACAGAGGCUGAACACAGCACUGCUGGGCUGCCCAAACUGACUCAGACUGUUACAGCACAGGCAGCAGAAGUCUGUCCACUCCCCAUUGUCUCUGAUGCUGCUAUUUUGGAACAUCAGCCUCCAACACAAAUACCCAGUUUGCCAGACAACAGCCAGCCUAGUCAGAUGCCACAUUCUUUUGUAGGCCAGACAUUUCCUGUGUCUGCUGUCCCUGAUCCUCUGAUUCUAGCAGCACCUCAGCUUUCAAGUCCUCCUCACGCGUCAGCAGCUACAUCCCAGCUACACAUAAUGCCAACUCAAUCCCAGCCUGUAUCAUCCACUGGCCUUGCAGUUAGUGCACCUCAGCCACCUUGUGCUGUAGAAUCAGAUGGUGAAGGACCACCCAGAGUUGAUUUUGCUGACAACACAAUAAAAAGUUUGGAUGAGAAACUGCGCAACUUGCUCUACCAGGAGUAUGUCCCAACAUCUUCAGCAUCAGCAGCUACACCAGACAGCUUUGUCCCUAUAGACCAGGGAGAUGGUGAAUUUAACUUGGCUCCUUUGCCUGCACUCGUAUUGGAUCUGAAAGUUCCUGGAACUGGCAUGGAUGUUAAGGCAGCCAAGGAUCAACCUGCACUCAGCAUGCCUCCUGUUUUGGUGAGAAAAUCAGAAGUUACUUCUGCCAGCAUCCAGCCUUCAGAUAUAAGCCAUGGGUCAACAAUCAGAGCAGGUCAAGCUGCAAUCGUUACUUUAGCUUCUGUUGCCACUCCAUCAGGACUUCCUCAGGUUGCUCCUUCAUCAUCAAACGUAGCUGAGCAGAAAGAUGCUUCUAAGAGGAGUGAAAAGGAAAAUGCUGCAACAUUGCUUGAAGAGAAAAAUAGAUCUCAGAGAGAUGACUCUGUGGACUCCACUUUUAGUGGGAAACAAGCUGAAACACAUAAGAGUACACCAGCAAAAACUAUUGGCAGGUUUUCAGUUAUCAGCACACAGGAUGAGUUAACUUUACCAUCUGUGCAUUCCUUGAGGUACUCUGCACCAGCAGAUGUUUAUCUGGACGAUCAACCUUCUAGCCCUGAUACAAAGACAUCUUUACGGCGUGUGCAGACAGCAUCCUCUAUUGAUGUACUUUGUGGUCAUGAUUCUAGUGAUUCUGGCGAUGAAUCUCUUCAGAGAAAACCAGCUGCAGCUCCACUAUCACCACAGAGCAGUAGUGCAGGAAAUGAUUAUGUGAAAAAGACCUCAUCUUUUCUGCAAAAGUCUGGAAAGUCAAGUUCACAAGGCCUAGAUUCCCCUAAUGGUCAUGGAUCAAAAAUCCCAACUAUCAACAUAACUUCUUAUCACUCACAGUCAUCAUAUGUGAGCAGUGACAAUGACUCAGAAUUUGAAGAUGCAGACAUGAAGAAAGAAUUGCAGAACCUGAGAGAAAAGCACAUGAAAGAAAUUGCUGAGCUGCAGACUAAGCAGAAGAAAGAAAUAGAGACAUUGUACAUUCGGCUAGGAAAACCUUUACCACCAAAUGUUGGGUUCCUUCAUUCUGCCCCACCAAGUGGCCGCCGAAGAAGAACCAGCAAGAACAAAUUAAAAACCGGAAAAUUAUUAAACCCUGUCAUUCAACAGCUCAAAACAACAACACCCACCACAAGUAAUGUAUCAGACUGUAAAGACACACUGGAUAAAGAAAAUGCUAAACCUCAGACUGACACUACUGAAGCAGCACCACUAACUUCGUCCACAUCAGCCAUAUUUGGAAAAUCAGUUCAGACACAGCAACCCUGCUCUGUCAAGGCUUCCUUGUCCUCUGACAUCUGUUCUGGAUUAGCUACGGAGGGAAUUGAUGCCCAUGGAAAUUCAGGCCAAGGCUGGACGGUUUUCCACCAAACGUCUGAGAGAGUGACCUAUAAAUCUAGUAGCAAACCUCGUACCAGAUUCCUCAGUGGACCUGUGUCUUUGUCCAUCUGGUCCACCCUGAAACGACUAUGUCUAGGCAAAGAUCACAGUAGUAGAUCCUCAACAAACAGCCUUGUAGCAUAUCCAGACCCUCUACCACAAACAACGCUACAGGUUCAUGUACAAGCCAACAACAGUAACAACAAGAAAGGAACUUUCACAGAUGAUCUCCACAAAUUGGUGGAUCAAUGGACAAGCAAAACCGUGGGAGCUGUGCAAGCAAAACCAUCCUUAAACCAACUUAAGCAGAACCAAAAACGGCAAGACAUGGAGCCAAAGGCUAAUCCCAUGCAGACACAGAAUGAGACGAGUGGAGUUAAUUCAGUAAGAACAGGAGUGGGGGAAAAGUGCAUUGUUCCAGUGUCUUGCCCAGUGCCAGCUGCAUUAACUCCUGGAGUUUCACCAUCCAUGCCAGUGCCUAUGCCAGGUACUACCCUUUCUGGCACAGUAAAACCUUAUGUGAUGCCUCUUUGUCCAUAUGGAGUUUUCUCUACGCCAGUUUUUGGAGUGCAGUGGUCGGGGCCAACAACACAGCCGGGGAUUAUAGGAGGCCAGAGCAUUGCGCCUUGUCCAGCUCUUGGCAAAAAUGGCUUGCAACUGCUUCCAGUGCUGCUGCAGCAACCAGUUGUCAGUCCACCAGGCCUUGACAUGAGCAUAACCUAGCUUGGCCACUUUUCGAUAGCUGACAGUGAUUUCCAAAUUGUCAACAUGGAGUGCUUGAGUCUAUGCGCAGUAUGUGUUUACCUGCUGGCACUCAGUUCAGGCUACUGCACACAGCCAUACACUGAAAUCAAACAAUCACUGUGAAAUGUUUUCACACCGAUUAGUUUCUUGUUAUGGCAAUAUUUGCUUCUCCUUCAUUGCCGAAGAUCACUUUAUUUUGUGUUCUAGUGUUUGAAACUGCAAACGUCAACAUUAAUGUACUUGAAUUGAUGGUUAAGACAACUGUAUUAAUCCUGCAGGAGUAUAGUGCCUUGAAUUCAAGCUUUUCAGGUCUCGCUGGAGAUGUAAAUAAUGAGAAAAACUGAGAAGUGUAGUUUAUUUGCAAUUUGCUUGUGUGAGGUUAAAUUUUUAUUUUUUUUAUUUCCAAUAUAUAUAUAAAUAUAAUACUGAAGGUUUACAUUUGAAACUAAUGUUCAGUUUUGUUCCAGUUUCUCUUGUAAAUGCUUUUAUUUUAACUGGCGGUUAAGGGUGAGUUGAAAAUUGGUGGCUUAAAGGUUUACAGCAUGAGUAACUUGACUAUAUUGACUGAAUAAUAACAUGAGCAAUGUUGUUUUUGCAAUAGGAGCAUUUACAAGAGCUUGAAAGUAAGUUGUAUAUAUGUGUGCAGGUAAUAGCUUUGGGCAGUGCAAUUCACUUUGUUAUGCAAUAUUUCUGGAAAAGCUGUUGCAAAGAACAAGUUCUGUUUUCAUAUGAAAUAGCAAAUUCGGCAAGCACAUAGAUGCUUCUCUGUCUCCCCCACCCCCUCUCUUUCUCAUUUAGCUGCAAACUGUCUCCUUCCGUUUUGAACAAAUUACGUAAUUAUGUUUCAUUACAAAUCCAUGCAUGUUUCAUACGUGAAAUAAGCUAAGCAGAACCUUGGUUAUAGGAGAGCCCACCCCAAAGUUACUGUUUUUAAAAAAGCUUCUAUGUAAGUAUAGAACUUUCCUUGCAUGUCAUCUGCCUUUAUUCCAACAACAGUCUUAGUUUGAAUGUUUACAGUAUUCUCACUGAAAUGGAAUUAAAUGUGAAGCUUUCUUUCCAACCAUCCUACUUAUCCUUUUAAAAAGCACCAAUUCGUAGUGUUGGUGUUUGACCGCAUUUGAAUUCCCCCCCUACAUUUUAACUUAGUUUGGACUGUAGAUAGAAAGGGCACCUCAUUUCUGACUUAGGUUUUAUUAUUAUUUGGUUUACUUUACUGUGCAUAGAAUUUGCAUCUUCACUUCUCAGUAGAAAGGCACAAGGUAACUACUAAGACUGAUUUUCAGAUUGGUAAGUCUCUAUUUAAUUGAAAUAAUAAUUAAAAACAACCAAAAACAAGCAUAAUGGCACACAUCAAAAAAGCAUUACAACUAAAAAGUUGAAGGCACACUGCACUCACACUCCCUCUUUAUGGCAAUGACAAUUUUAAACAACCUGCUGAAGAGUCGAAGCUGUUUUGUGCUGCUGAUCUGGGAAUUGUAUAGUUCUAUUGUGCUUUUGAGCAUUAAGAACUGUCUGGAACAUUUUGUUGGUACCAUUUAGUUUAUAUUAUUCCAUCAAUUCAGUUAGAAUUGAAUUUUGUAGAACAAUGCUGCAGAGUCAUCUGCCUGGGCAAAAUACAUGCUGUAGUAAGAGAUUUCUGCUCACUGUCACAUGUAUCCUUUCAUUUGUUUGAGACUUUUAUUUUAGAUUCAUGUCUGUAUGCGUUAUGAGCAAAAUAUGGAAAAUUUGUUCUCACUAUUCCUACCCCUCAGCUUGCACUGAAACCUCUGGUUUGUUGGUAUUGUCUGUUGUAUACUGACGAGUCAGUAGCACUAACUCCCAAAAGACUGUAUAUAUUCAAGAG